CAACAUUUACUUAAAAAUAGAUGAAGAUACCUCAUACAAUUCUAGCCAUGUAACACAUUUUGUUGAAAAAUACUGGACGGAUUAAAUUGCCAUUUUGAUAAAUUGUUUAUGCCAAUCAUGAAUUAGAGGUAUGCGCAUGCAGACACGUUUCUCGGUCUUCAUUCAUACCGCCCUCAUGAGUCUGUACGUCGUUAGUGCAGCAUGUGCAGUAUUUUGUCAUGUUUGUUCCGGCCCCGGCGUGUUCACAUUUUCUCGCUUUAUUUAGGCACGCAAAUAAAAAGUUUCUUUUUGGUUGAUUUUUCAUGAACAUAAUGUGGGAAGCUGUGUCGCUAAUCGCCGUGGCACUCCUCUGGGGUGCAACAAAUCCACUGAUGAAGAAAGGAGGGGAGGGCAUCCAACGAGUGCACAGGGGCAACAGGAUUGCACAGUUCGGGGCCGAGCUGAAAUUCUUGGUGUUCAAUUGGAAGUACAUCCUGCCAUUUCUUGUGAAUCAGAGUGGAUCGGUUCUUUUCUACCUGACACUAGCUUCAGCAGAGCUGUCACUGGCGGUACCCAUCACCAACGCCCUCACAUUCAUAUUCACUACACUGAUGGGAAGGGUGCUGGGUGAAGAUAUCGGUGGAAAAGAAACCUACUUCGGGAUGGCACUGGUGGUGGUUGGAGUCACGCUUUGUGUUUGGGAUAAGACCUGAAACCAAGGACCUGAAGGACAUUGGCAUGCUAGGAGGCCACCAACUGAACAACUUUGAACACACAAAUGAAUACAAGAACUGGUUCUAAAACAGUACAACAACUCGAUCCUUCCCAUUUGAAUAGAUCACUAUGCGCUGCCAUCAUUCGGCAAACUAAAUUUAUGCACCGAGGAUGAACUCCUUCUAAAGAAACUUUUGGAAAAGCGAAUUGGACAAGAGGCACUAGUAGAAAAAACAAAGUCUGGCUUGAGUACACAGAAGACUGAAUCUGUGGAUCAUGCCUUUGGGCCUGGGAUGACCAACCCUAAAGGAUCACUCACCUUUUCCAAGAACGCUGCAGCAGGCACGCCAACUCAAUCCAGAAAUGCCAAAAAGCUGGGAGUCCCAUAACCGGUGGCUCAUCGGCAGCUAGUGCUCUUGCUGAAAUGGACACAAAAUAUCGUACAAAACGUGCAAAAUCACAGAAAUAUAGGAAACGACAAGCACAAUGUCGUGGCAAUUAAUUCCAUGCGUACUAUACUGCACAGGCCAUGUAUAAGCCAGGACAUUUGAAUCCCAGGCCAAAUAAUGAAUUCCACCCAAAAGACAAUCACCCAUCCAGACUCUCGCCCGUCUUAAACAGAGUGUUAUAAUACCUCCCGAACACACAUUUAUUCCCUUAAUAACACACAAAGUCAUGUUCCAGAUUUUACAAAACGACUGAACAUAAUUAUCAUGUGAUAUAAU